AUGGCAGGAGAUAGUUUCUUGUCUAAACCCCCCGUUUUCACAGGAAAAAACUACCAUGCAUGGUCUGUGAAAAUGGAAACUUACUUAGAAGCACAUGGACUAUGGGAAAUGUUGGAAAUUGAUGAAGUUCCAGCACUUCCUGAAGAUCCAACAAUUGCCCAAAUGAGAGAGUACAGGGAGGAAAAGAAGAAGAUGAAUAAGGCCAAGACUUGCAUUCACUCGGCACUAACAGAUGAAGUUUUUACAAAAAUCAUGACUUGUAAAACUGCAAAACAGGCAUGGGUUUUGUUGAAAAACGAAUAUGAAGGAAAUGACAGGACAAAAAGAAUGCAAGUCCUGAACUUGAAAAGGGAAUUUGAGAUGCAGAAGAUGAAGGAGAGAGAAUCAUUAAAAGAUUACUCUGAAAGAUUGAAGAAGGUGGUAAACAAAAUCAGAUUAUUGGGAGAAGAACUUCCUGAUGAUCGGGUUGUUGAGAAAAUAUUGGUUACUUUGCCGGAAAGAUUUGAAUCAAAAAUCUCUUCCCUUGAAGAGUCUAGAGAUUUGUCAGAAAUAUCUCUAGCAGACCUUCUUCAUGCACUUGAAGCUCAAGAACAAAGAAGGACCUACAGGAAUGAAAGUAAUAUUGAGGGAGCAUUCGAAGCAAAUGAGGUGAGUCAAAUCCAACCAAAAGGCAAAAACCAGCAGCAACCGUGGAAGAAGAAGGGAAGUCAAAAUGGAGCCAAUAGAGGAAAAUUCCCUCCUUGCCAGCAUUGUAAGAAAACCUCACGCUUGAAAAAUAUUGUUGGUUUAGACCUGAUGUGA